AUGGAGAUACCUGAUAUUCAGUAUGUUUUCAUCAUCCUUUGUUCCCUUAAUGAGGACUUUGAUGGUAUAGCUAGCCCGAUAUCUGCCGUACCACCAGCACAAUUAACUGUGGAAGGGGUAACGGCAAGAUUAAUGGGCGAGUUGGACAGAAGGGAGGCUUGUGCCAUAAGCACUCCUAUUUCCAGAAAGAAUGAGGAACGCCAUAUGCAAACUUGUGGUGAUACAACUGCAUUUAAAGCUGCAAAGCGUUGUUGGUUCUGCAAUAAGCAAGGACAUUUUGCAAAGGACUGCAGAUCCAAAAGAAAGCAAAGUACUCCCAAGUCUGUUUCUGUUCGUCAGUCACGGUCGUCAGCUCAGCAGCCGGCAUCGUACCGUAAAGACAGAAACGAGCCGCGAGCUUUUCACGCUAGCACAAGAGAUCGUAAAAGAAUUAAAGGUGCCAAGUGGAAUUCUUUUAUUGUGGACUCAGGAGCAUCUCAGCACGUUUGCAACGAUCGAAGCUUGUUUAUUUCUUUCGAAGAGGAAAUUGGUAAUGUACAUUUAGCCAAUUCACAAGUCUUGCAGUCGCUGGCAGGGGUACUGUUAAACUUGACUCUUUAAACAUUACUAUAGCGAACUGCAUUUACUGCCCAUCAGUGGACAAUUUAUUGUCAGUAAGGUGUUUUGCUCGUCAAGGCAUAACUGUGCGUUUCUUAAAGUCAAUGUGUGAGUUUUUCGAGGGGAACAAACGUCUAUUGUAUGCCCGGGAAUCUGAUGGUUUAUAUAGACUGUAUUUUCGCACCUACUCCCAAUCGCCUAUAAAUUGCAGAGCAGCACAGUCAAGCCAGGGGUUGAGGAAUGUAAGGCCACAUUCUGGGUGUGUCCAUGAGGCGCACAGAAUUCUGGGACAUCUGAAUUUUGCUGAUGUAAUUAAGACCAAGAAUAUUGUUAAUGGCCUCAACUUAAAACCAUGUAAAUUCUUUAUGCAAUGUCUAUCCUGUUGCAAGAAUAAGAUUAAGGUUGCACGCAAGGGUAGGUGCUCAGAUAGGAAAGUAACUGAGCCAUUUGAGCGUGUACAUUGUGAUUUAGUUGGGCCACUCCCACCAUCCUUAGGAGGUUCUAAGUACUGGCUUACCCUGAUAGACCAGUAUAGUAGAUAUUGUUGGACUUAUGCAAUAGCUGAGAAGUCCCAAGCAUUUGAGAAGUACAAAGUUUUUUGCAACUGGGUAAAAACACAUUUUAACAAACCUAUUAAGAACCUUUUUUCUGACAGGGGCGGGGAAUUUGUUUCUGAGGAUUUUGAGAAAUUCCUGGAAGCGCAGGGGACUACUCAUGAGUUAUCUUGACGCCGAAGUCCCUGGCAAAAUGGGCUUGUUGAAGUUGUGCAGCGUGACCUGCAGGCAGGGGUUAAAACUUAUCUGCAUGAUGCUAAUCUGCCCAAAGACUUUUGGGCUGAAGCGCUCAAUGCCUUUUGUUAUGUUAGAAAUCGCAGUUAUCAUUCUGGUUUAGAUGUCACCCCUAUGAGAAGCUGUUUAAAAACGCCCUAAUCUGAAAUACCUACGCAUUUGGGGUUCAGAUGUAAUAAUGCAUUAUCCCGCUAAGCAGAAAUUGGGUGAACGUAGUGUCCAGGGAAAAUUAAUGGGCUACCAGCAGGGGGCGUACAGAAUUUACAUACCAGCAACUGGCAAAUUUCAUAUUACCAGAAGCAUGAUACAAACUGUAAAUUGGAAUGGUGUUGCUGUUUUCCAAGAUAGUAAUGGUAUAGAUAAUACUGAGGAAGAAGAGGUAGAAGAAGCAGCAGCAGCAGCAGGAAAUGGUGCUUCUGAAUUAAUGGAAGAAGACAAAAAGCCUGUUGAAUCUGAUAAUUUCUUUGAUGAUUUAAAGUCACAGGCACCCGAGGGGAGGUUAGAUUCUCUUGAGUUUUCUGACCGUGAGCUUAGCCAACAGGCAUCUCUUCAGUCUGACAAUGAUGAUUUACAACCUGAAACUAGUAGUUUACAUAGUCCCAUUAAGUCUGAGGAGUCUGACUCUCCUUCCGGACUGAGACGUUCAGAUAGAAAGAGACAGAAGCCACAACGUUUUGCAGAUGAACAUUUUAAUACUGUGUAUGCCAAUAAGGCAGUUUUUGAGCCAAAAAGCUACAAUGAUGUUCAGAAUUUACCUAAGCACCAAGCUGUAAAUUGGUAUAAAGCUAUGAACUCUGAAAUAGCUUCUUUAAAAGAGCAUAACACUUGGUCUCUUGUACCACAAACCCCAGAUAUGAGACUUAUUGAUUCAAAAUGGGUUUAUAGAGUUAAAAUGAAUGACAAAAAUGAAGUUGUAAGGUACAAGGCAAGAUUAGUUGCUAGGGUUUUCAACAAAUUCCAGGCGAAGAUUAUGAUUUGUGUUAUUCACCAAGUGUAAAAUAUGAAACAGUUAAGCUUUUGUUAAAAGAUGCAUCACAACGUGGACAUUCUGUUUAUCACCUAGAUAUAAAAACUGCAUAUUUGUUUGCAGAUUUAAAAGAACAAAUUUUUAUGCGUGUCCCUGAAGGCAUAGACGCCGCUGAAGGUUUGGUAUGCAAAUUAAAUAAAUCCCUUUAUGGUCUGCACCAAAGUGGAAGGAAUUGGCAUCAAACUUUAGCAAAAGAAUUGCUGGAUAUUGGUUUUUCACAGGGAAAGGCAGACAAUUGUGUGUUUAUAAAGGAAAGGGCAAACUCUGUAGCAAAAUAUGUGUCUAUGUAGAUGACGUGUUAAUUUCUACAAAAACUAAACAGGAAUAUGAACAGGUAGUAACACAGUUACAGAAGAAAUUUGAUGUGGUGGAAUUAGGCAUAGCUAAAAAUUACUUAUCCAUGCAAAUUGAGAAAGGCAAAAAUGGAUCUUUUCUGGUUCAUCAAACUGCAAAAAUUGACGAUCUUGUUGAAAUGCUAUGUUUAGAAAAUGCAAAUGGGAAGGAAACGCCCAUGGUGUGUGGUUUCACUUUUACAGGUGAAGAUAAGCCAUUUCCUAACAAAACUUUGUAUCGUUCUGCUAUAGGCAAGCUAAAUUUCAUUCAAAGAAUCUCAAGACCAGAUAUAACUUAUGCCUUUCACUUUCUGGCAAAAUUUGUGGAAAAGCCCACUACACAAUGUUUCUCUGCUCUUAAGAGAGUGGUAAUGUACCUUAAACAUACCAAACAUUAUAGGUUGCAGUUUACAACAUGUAUUGACAAAGGUUUUGAAAUUUUCUGUGAUGCAUCUCAUGCAGUGGAACAAAAUAAUUGCAGGGGUGUGUCUGGUAUGGUGUUUUGUUAUAAUGGUUGUCCAUUUGAAUGGAAGUCCCAGACACAAACCAUUAUUUGUCUCUCCACAACAGAGAGUGAAUUAUGUGCAUGUGUUCAGGCCACUCGUGAUGUGGAAUGGUAUCUGCAAGUAUUCGCAGACCUACAGAUGCAAGUAACACUACCAGUAAAAGUUUACCUUGAUUCCCAGAGUGGACUCGCUAUCCUAUGUUCAGAAACCAAUACGCAGCGCACUAAAGUCUUAAGAUUACGUUUACAGUUUGUAAAGAAACUAAUUGCUGAUGAAAUGGUUGUAUUUAAAUAUGUUCCAGGUGACAAUCAAAUUGCAGACAUUUUUACUAAAGCACUUCCAAAAGGUAUACAUGAAAAACAUGUACAAAGUAUGCUUUAUGUUUUUGUUCCACAAUGAUGAACCGCAGGGGAAAUGUUGAAUGGUUUAAUAUGUAAAGGUUCAUCAUUGUUCCACUCGAUGUGUAUGUCUUUAAGGGGCCAGAGAAAGGGCCAGAGCAAAAUAACGAGACCCAGCUUUACAGCUGUGAAACAUAGCAGGUGCUGCUGAGUUGUAUUGAUUAAGCUGUGUUGGUAAUUGGGUGUAGUAUAUAAGGAGCAGCACCUAGCUCUCCCAUUACCCUGGGGGAUGGGUUGGUGGUUGGGUCAUGUUUGUUUGUUAAUGUAUUUAGUGUAAAAGGAGUUUUUGUUUUUCUUAUUAAAACCUUGUUUAAGUUAUUUUUGAGUCCCUUUUUAAUGCAUGGUCUCCCCAGCAAGCUCUCUGCAGCGCUACCAUACUGCAAAAAGUCAACACAUGAGACUCUUAAUGUCACGGUUGUAGGUUCGAGCCCCAUGUUGGGCAAAAGAGUCCUGCAUUGCAGGGGGUUGGACUAGAUGGCCCUUGAGGUCCCUUCGAACCCCGCAAUUCUAUAAUGCUAUGCUAUUAUAGACAAUGCACUCAGACACUGGUGAGGGGCUUCUGUGUCUAAAUGACAGGAUGAAAAUGGACAAGAUUUUAAAAACUUGACCCUAUGAUUUAUUGCUGCAGCAAAAAACAAGUAAGAUUUGUUGUUGUUGUUGUUGUUUAGUCGUUUAGUCAUGUCAGACUCUUUUUGAGCCCAUGGACCAGAGCACGCCAGGCACUCCUGUCUUCCACUGCCUUCCGCAGUUUGGUCAAACUCAUGCUGGUAGCUUCUAGAACACUGUCCAACCAUCUCGUCCUCUGUCGUCCCCUUCUCCUUGUGCCCUCCAUCUUUCCCAACAUCAGGGUCUUUCCCAGGGAGUCUUCUCUUCUCAAGAGGUGGGCAAAGUAUUGGAGUCUCAGCUUCACGAUCUGUCCUUCCAGUGAGCACUCAGGGCUGAUUUCCUUAAGAAUGGAUAGGUUUGAUCUUCUUGCAGUCCAUGGGACUCUCAAAAAUCUCCUCCAGCACCAUAACUCAAAAGCACCAAUUCUUCGGCCAUCAGCCUUCUUUAUGGUCCAGCUCUCACUUCCAUACAUCACUACUGGGAAAGCCAUAGCUUUAACUAUACGGACCUUUGUUGGCAAGGUGAUGUCCCUGCUUUUUACAACAUAUAGUUGUAAACAUAUAUUUUACAACAUAUAGUUGUAAACAUAUACUAUAUGUUGUAUACAACAUAUAGGAGAGCUACAAUUAUCAUCUUUCCUUCAGCAUCUCCAUGUAAUGAAAUUUACCAUGGGUGAGAUCAAACCCUAAACCCUGCUCCCAAUUCCUGAUGCACAAGCACUUAUGCUCAUAGGUGGGGAGAGGAGCAAUAACUCUUUCUGAAAUCAUGCCUUCUAGGCUGUCAUUGCAGAAGACCCACUGACCUUGUGAGGUAGCUUUGGAGUUCAUGAGGCCUCUAUGUGAGCAGAGAAACCAGUCACCUUGGUUUGGAUUCCAGUUCUUAUUUUAGAGAACUUCGGUUUUCAACAGGCCUCCAGAAUGCAGUCAAUACCACAAUUCACCACAUAGGUAUGCAUUGGGGCUGCCUUAUGAACAUAAAAACUGGCCCAAUGUGCUAUUGUGCCUUCAGAAGCAGUUUCUGCUGCAGAAACCAGCAGGCAAAGCUUUUCUGGUCCCAGGGAUCAGUGUUGCCACCUCCUAAGAUGUGCAUAUCAAGUUAGAAGCACGGCUUCAGGAGCAAGUUGAGAACUUCGCAGCCCGAAGAGUGUGAAGUGCCCUCUCUGCCUUCUUUCUGCUUUUCUGCUGUAAAACUGCCUCCUCCCCAAACUGUGUUGCUGUUUUGAGGCUAUCAGGACAAUAUUGUUGUGUUUGGAGCAAAUGGCACCCGACCUACAAGCUCAAACCAGUGCUGAAUCAAAAUAUUUUGCCAGUACAGUGGUACCUCGGGUUACAUAUGCUCCAGGUUACAUAUGCUUCAGGUUACAGACUCCGCUAACCCAGAAAUAGUACCUCGGGUUAAGAACUUUGCUUCAGGAUGAGAACAGAAAUCGUGUUCCGGCAGAGCGGCAGCAGCAGGAGGCCCCAUUAGCUAAAGUGGUGCUUCAGGUUAAGAACAGUUUCAGGUUAAGAACGGACCUCCGGAAUGAAUUGAGUACUUAACCCGAGGUACCACUGUAGUAGGGUGGCGGCACUCACCUGACCUCAGGUCACCUGUGUCAGGGCUGCAUCCCAGGAUGGAGAGAUGGAAAGGGAAAGUGGUGGAUGAGGUCCAUGUGGAGCAAACACACUGUGUUAACCUUGGCUUUCCCAACCCCUUCCCCUUUCUGUCCCACUGCACCACCCUACCAUCUGCAACUGCCUCUUGCUGUCUGGAGUGUAGCUCCAAAGCCCCUUUUGUUACGAUCGACAGUCUAAAAAGUCUUGCUGCAUUACUGAGAUACUAGUUCCUGCCUUCAUCUGUUCCACCACCCCCGCCGGGCCACCUGAAGAAUGUUGCUGCCUGUUCUUUCAUGGCAGGGCCAGUUUUUUGUUAAAACAUCCAGUCCAUGAACAGGUGCCCUCUGAGAGAUUACCUUCUGGCUGUUUAUGCCAAGGGCUUAUUUUGGGUGCUCUUUUUGUUGUUGUUACAAAUACAUUAAGGCCCAUGUAGACCCUAAUUGUACAGAGAUGGGAUCCCAUAAGACCAUAUUGCGUAAACAUUGCAGCAAACUGGAUGGAUAUCGGCAGCCUUAUCAGAUCUUAUCAUCCAGUCGUUUAUAUGCUACUCAGAUUGACCGGAAACCUAAUUUAAAAAUUGAUGGCAAAUAA